AUUUCCAAUAAACUUUGUUAAUCAAUCACACAAAUUGGGUGCAGGAAUUGAAAAUGAAAAAACAGUAGUAAAGCAAUUUACAUGCAUGAUGAUAUUACAGACAAGUGACAAGUAAUGUAUAAUUUUAAUCACAAAUCCUUCUUGCCACAUCGAUCGAAUUACUGAACACAUUUUUUAAUUAUUUUUUGGUUUUGUUUUUAGUUUUUACUUCGACUUUUUAGUACCAAAAACAAUAAACGCUUAACGAAGCCCAGCAAGCCAGAUGCAUGGGCAAGUUUUGCUUCUAUUGUCUUUUCAACAAGCUAAACAUCCAAGGCAUUCGCUUUGCCUCCACCACCUCCAUCGCUGCAUCUAAAACUGAAGAAUUUACCAGUCUUUGCUCGAAAGGGCAAAUCAAACAAGCCUUUGAGAGCUUCAGUUUUGAGUUAUGGUCAGACCCAUCUCUUUUCUCUCACCUCCUUCAAGCAUGCAUCCCCAAAAGGUCACUUCGAUUGGGGAAACAGCUUCAUUCUUUGAUUGUUACAUCUGGGUGUUCCUCAGACAAGUUUGUUUCGAAUCACCUCCUCAACAUGUACUCCAAAUCCGGAGAGUUACAGACUGCUAUAGCAUUGUUUGGCCGUAUGCCAAGGAGAAACAUCAUGUCUUGCAACAUUAUCAUUAAUGGGUUCAUGCAAAGUGUCGACAUAGAAAGUGCCAAGAAAGUAUUUGAAGAAAUGCCCGAGAGGAAUGUUGCGACUUGGAACGCCAUGGUUACUGGUUUGACCCAGUUUGAAUUCAAUGAAGAGGGUUUGGGUAUCUUUUCGGAAAUGCAUCGAUUGGGUUUUUUGCCUGAUAAUUUCACACUGGGUAGUGUUCUGAGGGGAUGUGCGGGUUUGAGAUCUUUACAUGCAGGACGGCAGGUUCAUGCUUAUGUAAUGAAAUGUGGGUUUGAGUUCAAUUUGGUUGUUGGCAGCUCUUUGGCCCACAUGUAUAUGAAAUCUGGUAGCUUGGAAGAAGGAGAAAAGGUAAUAAAAUCAAUGCCGACUCGCAAUGUGGUUGCAUGGAAUACGCUUAUAGCCGGAAAAGCUCAAAAUGGGUAUCCGGAGGUGGUUCUUGAUCAGUAUAAUGUCAUGAAACUUGCCGGUUUUAAACCCGAUAAAAUCACAUUUGUUAGCGUAAUCAGUUCGUGUUCAGAAUUGGCAACACUUGGACAGGGUCAGCAGAUUCAUGCUGAGACAAUCAAAGCCGGGUCCAGUUCUGUAGUUGGUGUUGUUAGCUCCUUAGUUAGUAUGUAUUCAAGAUGUGGGAGUUUGGAAGACUCUGUGAAAGCUUUCAUGGAAAGAGAAGAUGUGGAUGUUGUAUUAUGGAGCUCUAUGAUUGCUGCUUAUGGAUUUCAUGGUAAAGGAGAUGUAGCCAUCAAGCUAUUUGAACAGAUGGAGCAUGAAGGGUUGGAAGCCAAUGAUAUUACUUUCCUAAGUUUGCUUUAUGCUUGUAGUCAUUGUGGAUUGAAGGAAAAAGGGAUUGAGUUCUUUGAUUUGAUGGUAGAGAAGUAUGGACUAAAGCCUAGACUAGAACAUUAUACAUGUGUGGUUGAUUUACUCGGUCGUUCUGGAUGUCUGGAAGAAGCAGAAUCUAUGAUAAGAUCAAUGCCUGUUAAAGCAGAUGCAAUCAUAUGGAAAACUUUGUUAUCUGCAUGUAAAAUCCAUAAGAACACAAACUUGGCGAGUCGAAUUGCCGGAGAAGUUCUUAGGCUAGACCCACAGGAUUCAGCUUCUUAUGUGCUACUCUCCAAUAUCCAUGCUUCUGCUAGAAGGUGGCAGGAAGUUUCCAAUGUGAGGAGAAGCAUGAGAGAUAGGAAUGUUAAGAAGGAACCGGGUAUAAGCUGGUUGGAAAUAAAGAAUCAAGUUCACCAGUUUUGCAUGAGUGACAAAUCCCAUCCAAAAUCUUUGGAGAUUGAUUUGUAUCUGAAAGAACUGACCGCAGAGAUGAAGUUACGAGGUUAUGAGCCUGAUAUUGGCUCUGUUUUGCAUGACAUGGACAUUGAGGAAAAAGAAUAUGAAUUGGCACAUCACAGUGAAAAGUUGGCAGUUGCUUUUGCUUUAUUGAAUACUCAUGAGGGUGUACCGAUAAGGGUGAUGAAGAACUUACGUAUAUGUAGCGAUUGUCAUGUUGCCUUUAAAUACAUAUCUGAUAUCAAAAACCGGGAAAUCAUUGUACGUGAUUCUAGUCGAUUUCACCAUUUCAAGGAAGGGAGAUGCUCUUGUGGUGAUUACUGGUAAAGGAGAGGUUAUGCCACUCUAAGAUAAUUUUUUGUUAUUGAAAAAUUAGGACGUUAUUUUCCUUGCCAGUUUUGAAUUGGAAAACAAAUUUAUUUUGAUGGAAGAGAAAUCAUUUUACUCUAAACUCCAUUGAAACUUAUGAUCAUUUUGCUGAAACAAUCAUAUCAACAUCUUUUGCUUUGUACACCAAGAAAGAUCACUUAACUAGAAUAAGAAGCCAUCACCUUGGAUUGAAGAACCCUUGUGAGGCUGUAAACAAUGUCAUGCUACCAUCUAAUAGUGUCAGCUGGAUCUAUGACCUAUGAGAAUAUCCCAAAUGUUU